AUGGCUCGCAUUGCUGUCGAGAUUGAAAGCGACAACCCUCCAGAUCUCGAGUUUCUUCCUAACCCCCCACGCUUCAACGUCGAGUUACCACACACAUCAUGCUUUACAGAAGAUCAGAAUGGUAGCCUCACGAGAAAGUUCUUCACGACUCCAGAUGAACUCGCAAAUCACUUGAAGCGCGCCAUACCACGUCAUAAGGGGAGGAAAUUAUAUAUUUUGGAAGGGUUACCAAUUGAAUAUGUGCAGGUCUUAGGGUUACACUUCAACAUAGAUGUGGAUAUUUUUGAUUCGCAUGCGAUGAGAAAGAGCGGGCAAUUGAAUAAGCUGGAAUUUUUGACGAGACCAGGGAAUGAGAAGCAAGUUCGAACUUUUGCUCUGGACCAUCCCGAGAUUGUGGCAAACAUUACUCCGCUGCCCGAAGCCAAUGAAGAAGUUGUUGGUGAUUUCAUGCUACCGUGUCAAACGAUAGGCAUCUCCGAUGAAAGUUGGAAUGGAAUAAGUGUAAAAUUGUGUCACGUGACUUUAGCGUGCUUUCCUGAAAAGGAUGGGAGUGAAACUUUGUUGUUGCUUCUCGAAAAUCAAUCGUGGGCGAGAAGAGGCGCACAGUUUCAGACUGCGAGUUGCCAUAGUAUUCUUGCAAAUGCCCUCAACAGUCUCCCAGAAGGAACGCAAAAUUGGAGACCAUCCCGAAAACAUGACCCAGCUCUGACUCUAGCAGACGAGAUUUUCAAAUCUUUAGAAUCGCCUGGUCGCAUCCUGGUUUGGGAUGACCUCACAGAGAUACUUGCGGAUAUCGUACUCAGACAAUGGAAAUUUGCCCUGGGCGAGGUAAUUGAACAUGCAUGUGCAUCUAGAUUGAUUCCUUAUCACGAAAUUCAUCAAAUUUGCGAUCUAAUAGAGUCUAACAUUUGGACUUUGGAUCGUACUGGGGCUUUCUGGAGGCCUCGUUACGACACCAGGAUGGAAGGAUUCAAAAGACUUUUGGAGCAAGCAAAGCGUUAUGCGGAAUUGUUUGUGUGGGGACAAGUUGUGGAGGAAGGUCUUGAGACGAAGGCCAAAACUGAGAGUGGAAGCGACAAUGAGGAUGAUGACGAUACUUCUUCCCCUACCUCUUCUAAGUCAGGAGUGCAUAUUCGUGGUGGAGAGACCUUAGAUCUGGAAACCCGCCAAAGCAUCAAUAGAGUGACCUACCUUGGCGGUGUAUUACUCCCGUUCUCCAUAAUCGCGGCAAUAUUUUCGAUGGGUGGGAAUUUUCAGCCAGGCGGAGAUCAAUUUUUCAUCUUUUGGGUCAUUGCUAUUCCAGUAUGUAUGCUUACAACGGUUUUAAUAUAUGCGGAUAGUAUUCGGCGAAUGACCUUGGAGCAAUUCGCUCAACAGUACGGGUCUGCUGCAGUGACGGCAGAAACUGCGGAUAUGAUUGCCUCAUCAAUUUCUCGCAGUGAGAUUUCAUACAAAGCGGGUAUUAAAGAACGUCUUGCAUCGCGUAUCCCAGGUAUUUGGAAUCGACGCAGAGCUGGUUCUUCCACUAAUGUUGGCUAUACAGAUAGCGACAGCGAUAGCAAUGAUGGUUCAUCCUCUACAGGCAGUACUCGGCUACCUCCAGGUCUAUCCAUAGAUGGCGAUUUAUUAGUUCGCAGGAAAAAGAAAAAGGUACCAAGAGUGUGGAGUUGGCGAUUCUGGAGACGGAAACCUCUGGAUCGAAAAUCAGAUCCGGAGAACGUCCUGUCAUCUCCUACACAUUCGGAUCACAUUGUAUCUUCACCUUCUCCGCCAUCUAGAUUCAAUCCUAUUCCAACUUCACCAAAAUUUACACCGGCAAAACCCAUGCCUGUUGGAAAUGAUCCUCCGGAGUCUCUUGCUUCCGAUUACUCUCCAAUCGCCGGACCAGCCCCGCCAAGAACAUCCCCAACUAGUCCUCCAUCGCCCGAUUCUGACCUGAUUGUUCCUGACCAAACUAUCUCUGAACCAACAAUCUCUGAACCAAGCUGGGGCUCUUGGCCAACUCCUUCAAAGAAACCCAAAGAAGGCAAAAACAGCAAAUCCAUGAAGAAAAUCUCAAUUGGUGACCUCGAUAGCCCAGACCAUUCGCAUACAGCCCAUUCUCCAGCACAUCCAUCUAUACCAGACCCUGCAGAGAUACCACUACCCCCAUUGGAUUCAGAUUCAGAUGACUGGCGAGAGCGAGACAGUUCUGAGGGGAUACGCCCGGAACGAUCUCCAUCUCCAGGUCAUGCAGACUCGGAUUAUGCAACGGAUCGUGAACGUUGUUCUUUGGAAAGACGUAUGAGAGAAAAUGACGACUGGGAACUGACCAAAAAGAGGAGCAGAGAACAUCCAGGCAGUGGAGAUAGAUACGAGCGCAUUGAUAAGCGAGAGAUGAUUUUACAUCGCCGGCGCCGAUCCGAGCAUUCUGUAACGUCUGAGAGGAGAAAACAUGCAAUCGAAAGAUCGACUGAAGAGCUUGUUGAAGAGCAGGAAAAAAAACAUGCGACAGAUGAUAUGGUAAAGGAUGAUGAUGUUCUAGAAGAUCGAGGAAGACAACGAAAGCGAUCUACAACACGACCGGCCCAUCGUGGAACUUAUUAUGAUUAUACAAGGCGAUCAACUCCCAACACUAAUCCUACCGAAAUACCAUUGCCACCAUCACCGGAAGAGCUAUCAGAUGAAGAACGCAGUAGAACGAAACUAGAGAGAGUGAAACACGAACACCUUGAGAAGCUGAAGCAAAAAGAACGUCAUAAGAGAAUGGCGGAGAUGGAAGAGGAGCACGCACGAAAACGAGCAGAAGAGGAACAUGCAAAGAGGCGAGCAGAGGAGGAACAUGCGAGGAAAAGCGCCGAAGAUGAGUACAAGAAAAAGGCUGCAGAAAAUAGAGCUGCCAAGGGAAAAGAUCGGGCUUACUCUCCUGUGGCAUCCGAUGGCAAGGGAGUAAAACCAGCGAUAAAGUUCAAGGACGCUGUCGGAAGGAAAUUCACGUUUCCGUUCCAUUUAGUGUCUACAUGGGCUGGAAUGGAAGAUUUAGUAAAACAAGCCUUCCGUCAUGUCGAUAUCAUUGGUCCUCGCGUCAAUGAUGGUCACUACGAUCUCGUUGGCCCCACAGGCGAGAUUAUCCUCCCUCAAGUAUGGGAAUCGGUGAUUGAGCCUGGCUGGUUGAUAACUAUGUACAUGUGGCCAAUGCCUGGACCGCGAAGACAAGCACCCGAGCCUAUGCCUCCUAGACCAGGACAUCCCGGUAACUUUCCACCUCCUCCACCACCUGGAUUUGCAGCAACCCAGCCCGGUGGUCUGAUGAGUGGACCUACUCCGAGAAUGAAGAAAUCUACGCAGUCUGAAACUUUGGCCUGGAUGCCAGGAGCACGUCACUCGAAGUCCCGCAAGAAACAGAAGUCGGCACCGAUACGACUUGGGCCUCCUCCACCCCCUUCAUACCCUAGGCACCCUCCGCCGCCACCGGCAUCUGGAAGACGAGAAUCUGAUACGGACGUUAUAGUAGAGGAACUGCCACCAAAAGUUCAUAGAAGACAAACGGGUAUGAGCGACAUACAUAGACACGGAACAAGCGGUGCUGGCAUAAUCGGGGGAGCAGCAAAGCCUAAUGAGGAGUUAGGGUGGGUGAGAGCUCUAGGAACCAUUGUUGGUGUGAAGCCGGGGAUACAAGUGAAGAAACGGAGUGGUGGAACCAGUUCAUCGUCGAGUGUUUGA